AUGUCUCAGCCGAUUCAACCAGACCCAAUUAAACCACCUAGCUCCAAUGAACUUAACAAUCUUUUCGAUACACUUCUGGAUGAAAAUAUACAUAUUGAUGGUUAUAUUCGAAAUCCCCACACUUCGGCUUGGAAUCAGAGGGAUAUUCUAAACAAGAUUAUUACAGUUAAUGAGUCUGCACAUCGACUAAAAGAAAUUGCUGAAUGGGAAAAUGACGAAGCACAAACCCAGUAUCAGCAAUAUGCAACCGAAAUCUCAACCACAUCAACGAAUUACAAAUCCUCCAAUAUAUGA